AUGCACACCGAGUUCUCCGCACACCCCCCGCAGCGCCCGGCCUUCAAGCGCCCGGCCCCUAUUCCGUCCGUCCGGUUGAGGCGAUGGUCCAUUCCCCUCCUCGCCCUCGCAAUCGGCACCUACGGCUACACUCGUCUCGGCGCGAUGCAGGCUGACUCGCCCUACCAAGUGUCCAACCAACUAGCCGAGGAGGAGCGGCUGCGCAAGAACGCCCAGCUCAUGGAGGCCUACGGGUACAAAGACAACGUCGACGACCUGCAAAAGGCGCUGGAGGCGUAUGAGGUCCAGUGA